AUGCAUUAUAUCAUUUCAGAGGAAUUAAAUCGCAGUUCAAUUGUCGGAAAUGUCGCUAAAGAUUUGGGAUUACGCCUGCCAAAUAUUUCUGGUCGAAAUCUAAGGGUAGUUUCUAAAUCCAACAAACAGUAUUUCAAAAUAAAUCCAAGCGACGGAGUUAUACUUGUAGGAGAAGAGAUAGACAGAGAACAGCUCUGCGGUCACGACGUUUCUUGCUUCCUGCAACUCCAGCUGGUAUUGGAAAACCCACUGGAAAUCCACAGUGUGAAAGUGGAAAUACUGGAUAUAAAUGACAAUCCCCCCAGAUUCCCAGCUGAAAACAUCACUUUAGAAAUAAUCGAAGCAGUGAACGUGGGUACAACUUUUAGAUUAGAUGUUGCACAAGAUCCAGACGAUGGGCCAAAUUCUUUAUCAACCUAUCGCCUAACUAAAAAUGAACAUUUUGGUCUAAGGGUAAAAACCGAGGAUGAUGGAGCUAAAGUGCCCGAAAUUGUGUUGCAGAAGGCUUUAGACAGGGAACAACAAUCGGAGCAUCGCUUAAUAUUAACAGCUGUCGACGGUGGAGAGCCUUCUCUAUCAGGUACAGUAAAUAUCACAAUUAAGGUUCUUGAUACAAAUGAUAACGUUCCCCGUUUUAAUAAAUCAUUUUAUAAUGUGAGACUUCAGGAAGACGUGCCUGUAGGUACUGUUGUUAUCCAGCUGAAAGCAACUGAUCCAGAUGAGGGUGUCAAUGGAGAAAUUGAUUAUUCAUUCAGAAGGGGUCACACAGCUAGUAACAUCUAUCAAAUAUUUAGCAUAGACACACAGACUGGAGAGGUCAGAACAAAUUACCCUUUGGACUUUGAGGAAAACAGACAAUAUAUCAUCCAUGUGAUGGCAAGAGACCGGGGUUCCCCAGCUGCUGAAGAAUACUGCAAAGUCAUUGUAGAACUCGUUGAUGUAAAUGACAACGCCCCAGAAGUGAUCAUAAACUCAUUAACCAGCCCGAUCCCAGAAGAUGCUCCCCCAGAAACUGUUGUUGCUUUAGUUGGUGUUAGGGACAACGAUUCUGGUGAAAAUGGGCGCGUAAGCCUCCAGAUACCACCUAACAUUCCGUUUAAACUCGUAUUGUCAUUCGAGGAUCAUUACUCGUUGGUAACAAAAGGUUUAUUGGAUCGAGAGACUACACCUUACUAUAACAUCACAGUAAAGGCUGCCGAUAGAGGGUCGCCCUUGUUGUCUACCCAAAGACAGCUUUUAAUAGAAAUUUCGGAUGUGAAUGACAAUUCACCAAAUUUCCCACAGCUCUCAUACACCACUCAUGUAAAGGAAAACAAUCACCCCGGGCUCUUCCUUUGCUCGGCGAUGGCUUAUGACUCUGAUGAGGGUAAAAAUGCAAAACUUUCCUAUACAAUUCUAGACCAGAAAAUUCAAAAUAUGCACGCAGCCUCUUAUUUUUAUAUUAAUUCAGAAAAUGGAACACUGUACAGUGCCCGUUCCUUUGACUAUGAGGAGGUACAAGUGUUCCAAAUACAAAUUCAAGCUGAGGACGGUGGUAACCCGCCACUGAGGAGUAAUGUGACCGUGCACAUCUUCAUUCUUGACCAAAAUGACAAUGCACCUAAAAUUAUCUAUCCGAAAUCUAUUCACGGAUCUCUCAUUCAGCAAACAAUCCCGCACUCGGCACCAGCGGGUUACUUGGUGACCAAGGUUGUAGGAGUUGAUGAGGACAGUGGCCAUAACGCAUGGCUGUCCUACAGGCUUCAGCCUCCACAAGAAGAGUUCCUUAUAUCGCCCUAUACAGGUGAAAUCAGAACAUCUAAGAUUUUGCAGGAUUUACUGGAAGCUAGUAAAAGGAUUAUAGUUGAGGUGAGAGACAACGGAAAGCCAAAUCUCUCUACAUCUGUUACAAUCAUAAUAUCAUUGGAAGAAAAACAACAGGAGGGAUUUUCAUCUUUUAAGGACAUUCCCGUUAUAGCGUCUGGUACUUCAGAUGUAACAUUGUAUCUAAUAAUCUCAAUUGUAGCAGUUUCGUUUAUUUCAUUUGUAAUGUUCGCAGUCCUUGCUAUUAACUGUCUAAGAAAGCGAAAAGAUGAGACCUCUGGAUCUGCAGCUCUUUGCUGUUGUUAUAGAGAUCAGAGUAUGGAUCCCAAGUACCCAUACGAUUACUCUGCAGGAAGUCUUCGAAUACAGCUAAAUUCUGAUGGCCCUCUCAAAUACGUAGAAGUGCGUCCACGGGGGUUGCUAGCUCAACCUGAAAACGUAAGGGCUUGUUUUCCCCCACUCUUAGAAGGAGAUGACCUCCUCUAUGUCAAACCUAAUAGUGCUUCAGAUCACAACACUAAUGUUGAUACUACUUUGAGAGCCGAUUAUCCCAUGGAUACAUCAAACAUGGUAAGAGAUCUCAAAACUUUUAGCAUUUGCUCAUACCUAGAACAACUGAUUCAAUGA